UCAGGGAUUCCUCCAGGAGUUCCUUCGGGGAUUCCUCCAGAAGUUCCUUCAGGGAUUCCUCCAGGAGUUCCUUCAGGGAUUCCCUGUUUAUCUAAAAAAAAUGAGUUAGCAGCAAUUAGCGACGGUUAGGAACGGAUAAAUACAUUUUUUCCGGUUAGAAAUGGGUAUGCCAUUGUCAAUAAACUAAACAAGAAAUUUUAAAAUUUUAAGUUGAAAUUAGAGUCGUCCAGAAAAAAUCCUAACAGAUUUUACCUAAUUGCUUGGGUCAACGAGCACUGUGACAAAAGGAUAAAAUGAGAUUUGUUCCGGCCUUACCAUCGAAAAAAAAACUUCAGUGCACUUACUGCUUACUUUUUAUUUAUGUGGUAUGGCCGAAACCUACUAACCUAUUGUUUUUUUUUUUGUAUUCGUAACAGGAUCGGUUGUGGUAGAUUCGAAGCAGGAUCAAUCAACGUUGCAAGUCGUAACUGUACCUCGAAUCGUGUCGGUCGUAUCCGAAGCUGAUGUAUUACCACCCUCGAGCACACAAAUGAGCGCAACUGAAAUGAUUGCUGUGCAAUUUUUGAACAGUGACGAAGAGCUGCUACUGGAUGCUGAACUUGACGUACAAGACCCUAUUGCCUCCAAUGCGGAUAGUGCUCAGGAAACUUUCGAAGAUGAAAUAGUUAGUGUUCCGAAUGAAGCACAUGCGGCUGAACAACGAAAUGCGGAAUUGGGAAAUUCUUCGAAAGCAACCAACGAUGGCGGUGUUCAACUUUCAAAGAUAAGUCCUGACAAACAAGGCGGCUCAGAGGAUGUUGAAAAUCAAUCCCCGAAUUCAAGCGAGAAACGUGGCUCCUCCGAUAGCGUACAGUUACAUAAAAGCUCGAAAAAACACGCAUCUACCGAAAUGAAGUUCCGUUGUUUCAAGAUCAAUUGGGAUAAGCUUGGCGAUAGUCUUUUCAAUCGAUUGCGUGCGUUGGAGGACUUCAAACGGAACAAUCGAGGGGUUCCUGUUCCGGUAACAAUACGCAUAGCCAAGACCGAAGUGACUACGUUAGCGAACACGGUUGUGGAUCAGCUGAGAAUGAUCGAUACGCAAAUCAGAUCGGAUGUAAUGGAAACGGCAGCACGUCAAGUCUUAGACAAGUUCCCAGCUUUGGACUAUACCGAUGACGAUGGGUUCGGAGCCGGCCAAGGAUAUGUGGAUAUCAAAUACAAGUUGAUCAAUCGUAAUAAAUAUUUGAAUCGCUUUAAAUCCCCUCAAGCAACUUUGACGAACACCGUAACGAGUUUAAAAAAGAAGCGGAAUGCUAGAGCGGGUACGCUGAAAGAAUACUGGCAGAAGUCUGCCAGUGAAUGUGACAAAAGUUCGGUUUCGGCUCUGGUACGCGAUGACCCAAGUCUGAUGACGGAGGAGCUGCUGCAUAAAACCCAGGCCUUCAUUAGAUGGAAACUGGACGAAAAAAUAGACACAAAGCAAAUGAUUUCACAGCUUCCUGUUCUACGACGACGGUUGUUGGUGAAUUUCCACUUCGAGCAGGCAACCGGUGUGAACAUCACCGACUUGCGGCGCUAUUUUAUGAUGAAAAGGGAAAAACUCGUGCAAUACUCGCUGACCUGCAAAUCGGAGCUCCACUUGAGUAAAUCAGCAUCAGAUUACGAUAUAUUGAAAUUUCUAUGCUCGCUUGUUGGGGAAGACUUCGGAGAUUUUAUCAUUCAAAAGGAUAUUGGUACUCGUAUUGACGAUAUCACCAUUGACGGUUCUGGACCGGUGCUGGUAGCUGUUGAUGUCGGAAACGAUAAAACGAUAUUCUACGUAUACGCAAAUCGGACACGUUUGUCCGAGGGAGCUCAUGAUGUGAUUGCCGCAGUAGAGGACCUAUUCGCCAUCCAAUUUGUACACAAUUUCAUGUACACAAAAUCGGUUUCAAAAUUCAUGGAACUGCUCCAGGAAUACUUCCUUAAGAUCAUAACUUUUGUGGCGUCGAAGUCGGGUGCACGUCGAGUAGGACAAAGGCAACAAAAAGUCAGAAAAGUCAUUUCUGCGUUGUCUAACUUUAACGUUAGCAGUUAAAACAGCAUUUGUUUUGUUUGGUCAGGUCUGUCGGGCUGU